GGGUGGUGUGGGCAUGGCUCAUGAAGGGUGAGAUGGGAUAUCAGUGUAUGCCUUUCUUGGGGAGAGUUUAAUGCAUGGAGGGUGGGGCUUGCGUGCCUGCUUUGAAGAGUUUGUAAUUUAGUGGAGAGGGAUAUGUACAGUGACAGGUUGUCCCUUGCUUGGGGCGAGUGUAAUAGGAGGGAGGGGGGCAUAUUGAUGGUGUGGCAGCAGGUGCUGUGCUUGGGCAAUGUGUAGUCAAGUAAGGGCUAAAGAUGGGUAUGACUGUGGGGAGAGGGAUGGGUGAGUCUUUUGCCUGCAUAAUGUAGCAGCAUGAUGGUAAUGGUGUGAGAGUGUGCAUGUUAUACAGUGGGAGGGAAUUUUAAUACAAUGUGCCUUAGUUGAUGAGGGAGUAAUAGAGAGCUGAUGGCAGGCAGUAAAUGUCUGGUUUGGGGGGUGGAAUACAGCAAGGAUAGGGUCUGACUGUUCUCCUUGAGGAAGGUGUCAUUCAGAGAAAGGGUGCAUGGUAACAAUGUUCCUGGUUUGUGUAGGUUAUAAUGCAGUAGUAGGUUAUUAGUGAGGAUCUAAUACUGUUUGUGGGGAAUAGACAGCAGGGGAGGAUGUAACAUGAAGCUAUCCUGUGAUAAUUGUUUGACCUUGGAGAGUAUGAUUUUGGAGGGUGUAGCAGGUCAAUUUUUUUUCAGGUUCCUUUGAUAAGGAAGAGCAUGACAUGACCUCCCAGCUAUAAUGGGCAUUGUGAUGGUUUGACUGCUUCAGGAAGUUAACAGGGGCGGGGCAACCUAUGUACAUGGUGGUAUAGGUGGAUCUCAGAUAAAGGGGUGCAAUAGGGUUAAACUAUAGGUUGUAGUAGGACAUUUGCAGGUUCUAAUUACCAUCAUAAUUGUAAUGCUUAUUUCCAUGCAACCUUUAAAGAACUGGGAAAAGUUUAUUUUUCACAUGGGCAUAGAAAAAAGCAAUUUUUUUUUUCCCCUCCUUGACAGGUGUGUUACUAUCAUGGCCACUGGGAAAUCUUGCCGAUCCUCAUUACCGCUAAGCACAGUGUGUGUGAUAUUGAGCUGGAAUGUCAUCAGGGAGAUGAGACCACUGUCUGUCCUGUUAGCCAACCUUGGCAGAAGCCAAAACUUACUGAUGAUGGAUUAAUACUGCACGGUCACCAAUCAAUCCUAUACUACAACCAUGGCAAAACAGGACUGUCUGGCUCUCUCUGACCCCUGGAAAGUUUUGGGGUUUCGCCUCACGAAAUCAAAGAUGGUGGCAGCUCACUUAGUUGCACCAGACGAUCUGCAAGGGUCUGCGGUCAAGGAGAAAUCGCUUGUCCAGAUGUGGAUGCAUUUUGUUGAGAAGGAAAUUGUGCCAGUUCUGUAUGCCUGGGUUUAUCCCAUCAUGGGACGUCUUCCAUUUAAUAAACAGUCCACAGAACACGCUAAAGAAACUUGUUGCAAACUCUUGUCUGCACUGGACGCUUACCUACGCACUUGCACGUUCCUAGUUGGGGAGAGACUCACUCUAGCUGAUAUCGUCGUUGCCUCUGCACUUUUAUGGCCCUAUGUCAUGGUUUUCGAACCUUCUUUCCGCGAACCAUAUGUCAACCUCAAUCGCUGGUUCCAGACGUGUGUUAAUUUCCCAGCAUUCACCAGUGUAUUGGGAGAUGUCCCUCUGUGUAAAGAAGCUUAUCAGUUCAAAGAAGGGUGUCCUGUGAAGAUUUUUGUGCCAUUUGGGAAACCACAAGAGUGACAGCUCUGAAUCAUCGCUUUGCAAGUUGGCACAGACUCUUCUUGAGGGUGAAUUAAACCUGUUCCCUUCCUCAUUUUGACUUACCACCAGGUGCCUUAAUGAUUCUUCUUCAAACCUUAAUCUGGACAUUUAGGACUGGUCAGAUAUUUUGCAACCCAGUGCUGGAUAUUUAUUUUGGUCUGUUUUCCCUCUAAUAGUCUUUGUGGAGGCUGAUUGGUUGUGCUGUUGUCUAAUGAUACUGAUCCUUAAACAGGUUAUCACUGUAAUUGCUUAAAUAUCUAGGUAUAUUGGAGAAUUUGCUCUGCACUAUUUUGUAUCACAUUGCACUAUCUUGUAUAAAAAAAACUAAAUAAUAAAAAAAGUUUGCAUAA